AUGACCACCCAGAUCCUUGUGUCAUCCGGAUUCCCGCGGUAUUCAUGUUUUUUUGGCCGACACAAAAGUUGCCUCCCUGUGCCACUCACCUUUGAUAGAUGGGGUUGCGUCUGCAGACUCCUCCCCGGAGUUUUUCAGUCCACGCAAUAUUUCUGGAGAGAGGAACCUACAAGAGCUUGUGGUGGCUGGGGGAGCGAGAGGAGAGAGACAGGGGGAGAGAGCGAGGGAAGGCGAAGGGGGCAGCAGGCAGGACGGCGGGGAGAGGUGGACGGACGAUGCGGGAGCCCCCUUGCCCUGGUCACUCGAACCGAAACAACUUUCCCCCACAGCCCUGCAAGUUGGGGCGUACCGGCUUCGCUCUUUCCGUGCUCGAGGUCCGCGAGGGAGCGCCGAGGAGCGGCGGCAAGCCUGGCAUCGGAGCUUCUGCCCGGCCGAAGUUGCUCUGGGCAGCGAGCCUCGGGCACAGCCGGAGCCCGACCUGCCUCGCACUCGGCGAUCGCCGCGCUCUGGAAGAUGUGGUGGCCCGCGGGGGUCCGGCAUGGAUGUAAUUUGCGAGUUUUGUUGCUGCUGGAACUGUGGCUGGUUUCGGCUGAAAUUAUGGAGCCCAUUUACUGGAAUUCGCUUAAUGAAAGAUUUCGUGAUGCUCAGGGCUACGUGCUGUACCCCCAGAUCGGUGACCGCAUGGACCUGAUCUGCCCGCGCUCCCACCCCCCCGAGGCCCACUCCACGCCCGAGUACGAGUACUACCGGCUGUACCUGGUGACCCAGGAACAGGCGGAGAGCUGCAACACCGUGAUGAGCCCCACCAUCCUGCUAACCUGUGACAAGCCCGAGACGGACACCCGCUUCACCAUCAAGUUCCAGGAGUUCAGCCCCAACCUGUGGGGGCUCGAGUUCAAACCACAGCACGAUUACUACAUCAUCACCACCUCGGACGGGAAUGCGGAAGGGCUGGAGAACCGGAACGGAGGGGCGUGUAAUACCAGGAAUAUGAAGGUCACUCUCAAAGUGGGCCAAGAUCCCAACGCUCCGCAGUUACCCCCGGGAACACACUCCCAGCCGGACAUGGAGUCCUCCAGCACCCAGCCCAGGCCGGACUUCGGUACAACUGCGGACAAAGCCAACUCAUCAGCCUCCCUGGGAAACAGCAGCAGGAACAUGGACCUUGGACCUGGCUCGGCCGCCCCCUCCCACACAGCGCUGAUCGCGGGCUCCUGCGGGGCGUCGGCCUUCCUGCUGCUCCUGGCAGCCGGCGGCCUGGCGCUAGUGUGUCACCGACGGAGGAGGAGGCUCCGCCGGGGUCAGCAGCCAGACAGCCUGAGGUCAGGCCUCCACCUCGGCACCCUGGGCACGCCCAAGCGGGGCGGUGGGGUCGGGGGCAGCGGCAACAACAACGGCUCGGAGCCCAGCGACAUCAUCAUCCCCCUCCGCAGCUCGGACAGUGCCUACUGUCCUCACUACGAGAAGGUCAGCGGAGACUACGGCCACCCGGUCUACAUCGUGCAGGAGAUGCCGCCCCAGAGCCCCGCCAACAUCUACUACAAGGUGUGAGGCUCCCUUGUCAGGGGACGCGAGGUGAAGGGGAGGGUGCAGGAAUCACACAGGAGGACUGCAGUGAGAGAGGGCCUGCAGGACUUGGAGAAGUUCCCUUUGAUUUGCUCCAUCCCCGAAAACCACAAGACUGCAAAUCCAGAGGGCCCCGCACCAGCUGACGCCAUUUCACCAACGUUUUGCUCACUGGGGAGAAGUGUCACCCCUCACUCACCUGUACUGUACUGGUCCCUUGCCAAAUUUUCAGACACAGAGUGAAUCUCCCUCCACACUGUCCCAUCACACACUCCCGGGGUCAGACACAGAGUGAAUCUCCCUCCACACCGUCCCAUCACACACUCCCGGGGUCAGACACAGAGUGAAGCUCCCUCCACACCGUCCCAUCACACACUCCCGGGGUCAGACACAGAGUGAAUCUCCCUCCACACUGUCCCAUCACACACUCCCGGGGUCAGACAGAGAGUGAAUCUCCCUCCACACCGUCCCAUCACACACUCCCGGGGUCAGACACAGAGUGAAUCUCCCUCCACACCAUCCCAUCACACACUCCCGGGGUCAGACACAGAGAGAAUCUCCCUCCACACCGUCCCAUCACACACUCCCGGGGUCAGACACAGAGUGAAUCUCCCUCCACACCGUCCCAUCACACACUCCCAGGGUCAGACACAGAGUGAAUCUCCCUCUACACUGUCCCAUCACACACUACAAGGAUCAGACACAGAGUGAAACUCCCUCCACACUGUCCCAUCACACACUCCCGGGGUCAGACACAGAGUGAAUCUCCCUCCACACUGUCCCAUCACACACUCCCGGGGUCAGACACGGAGUGAAUCUCCCUCCACACCGUCUCAUCACACACUCCCGGGGUCAGACACAGAGUGAAUCUCCCUGCACACCGUCCCAUCACACACUCCCGGGGUCAGACACAGAGUGAAGCUCCCUCCACACCAGCCCAUCACACACUCCCGGGGUCAGACACAGAGUGACCCUCCCUCCACACCGUCCCAUCACACACUCCCGGGGUCAGACACAGAGUGAAUCUCCCUCCACACUGUCCCAUCACACACUCCCAGAGUCAGACACAGAGUGACCCUCCCUCCACACCGUCCCAUCACACACUCCCGGGGUCAGACACAGAGUGAAUCUCCCUCCACACCGUCUCAUCACACACUCCCGGGGUCUGACACAGAGUGAAUCUCCCUCCACACUGUCCAAUCACACACUCCUGGGGUCAGACACAGAAUGAAGUUCUGUCCUAUCCUGGGAUUCCAUUCCCUUCCUCAAUAAUGAGCUCGGAGUUAUUAUUUGCAUCAUUGCAGACAAGUGUUCGGCCUGUCGUCUGGCCGAGUGUGGCUGACUCCUGACCUAUGUUGAUGGUUGGGUUCUUGCUGGCUGCUGGCUGAGAGGGAGGGGCUGGUGACAACUGCACCAACUCUGCUCAAAUUUGCUCGGGCUCAGUGUGUAGAACAAGGUGUCCCACACCCUUGGACUCCUCCUCCCAGGAGCAGGGGAGGGACUGGGAGUUGUGUCUGUUUUGCCCAGACUGUGCAUGGAGUGAGGCAUCCCCCACCCUUCAGAACUCCCUGAACUGUGAACACUGCCCUCCACACAAGGGUGGAGAUUCACUCUUCUCCCCUCCCCCCUUACCACCACCUACAUCUCGUUGUCACUUCACUACCUCCCUUCCUCAGACAGCUUUCUGCGCUAUCCUCUCUUCAUUUCUCUCCUUCCCACUUCCCUGCUUCUCUUUCCCCCUCUGCCCACUCUCUCCUCACCUUCUGCCUCUCGCCUCUUGCUCCCCCCCACCUUAACCCAAUAUCCAUCUCUAUCUAUCACACUCUCCCUCGAAACUUCUCUCUCACUCUCUACUCCACCUCCUGCUCCAUCUCUUCUUUCCCGUCUGUCUCUGCACGCUCAUCCCAUCCUCGUCUCUCCUUCCACAAAGGUUCGUUGUGUGGAUGUAAGGAUCCGUGUGUGGCAGCCAAACCUCCCCAACUCUUUUAUAAACUCCGUGUAUUUUUGAGAAAAGAGAUGACUUGGCUGAGCCCUCGACUCGUUUUACACACUGUUUGUAAGUGAUGUACAUAAUUACAUUUUGUACCCUUUUUUAAUUCUUGUAAAAAAAAACCCGUUUCCCUUGACUGAAAAAUGCGCGUAGAUUUUAAAUUAUGCAAAAAAUACUUAAAAAAACAAAUUAGCACUGGAUUCAACAAAAAAGGAGGUUGUGUUUGGUGUAAAAUUAAUUUUCAGAAUUGCAAAUGUGUCUGCUUUUUGAGUGACCAGGAAUCUGUUUCAUUGUUAAUUUCGGUUCUGUUCGCGAAUGGAUUACUGAUGUUUUUUUUUGUAAUUGAUAAACUCACUGGACUUACUGUCAAUAAAUGAGUUUUUUUU